AUGGAAUUAAGCUACUCAGACAGCACUAUCUUCAAAUGGGAGGAAAAAGAUCAAGAAGAAGGUAUAAAAUUCGAUGAAAGUGAAUUAGAAAAUCAAGAGUUGAAUAGAGGUAGAACGAAAAAAAGAAGAUUUUCAGUUCAUUCAAGAUCCAACAGUUUAAAUAAAAUUUUUGCUAUAAAGGAAAAACCAGAACCAUCAAAUGUUUUGCCAACAAUUUUCAAAACAAUAUCUCAUAAAGUUGAUAUUGAAAAUGAACAAAAAGAAGUUACUGUUAAUUCAAAAUUUAGUUCAUAUACUUUUAAUCUGGAUUCAAUUGGUGAUAUUGCUACUAAAUUCUCAACUGAUUUAAUGUGUGGAUUAAGUGACUAUCAAUAUAAUGAAAAUUUGAAAAUUUAUGGUGAAAAUAAACAAUCAAAACCUCCAAAUGGCUAUUUGAAAAAAUUGUUUAUGUAUUUCUUUGGUGGAUUUGGUGCUUUAUUAUUAGCUGGUGGUAUAUUAUGUAUUAUUAGUUGGAAACCUUUAGGUAAUCCAAAUCCUGCAGUUGCAAAUUUAGUUUUGGGUAUUAUUUUAAUUGUUGUGUUUUUAAUUCAAGCUGGUUUCAAUUUUAUUCAAGAUUAUUCAAGUUCAAGAGUUAUGAACUCUAUUCAUGAUUUAGUAGCUAGUGAAACCACCAUAAUAAGAGAUGGUAAAACUUUAACUGUUGAUAGUUCUAAUUUAGUACCUGGUGAUAUUGUCAAAUUUAGUCCUGGUGUUAAAAUUUCUGCUGAUGUUAGAAUCAUAAGUAAUUCGCCAGAUUUGUCAUUUGAUAGAGCUAUAUUGACUGGAGAAUCUAAACCUGUUGUUGCUACUAGUUACAGUGAUGAACCAAAUUCAAAUUAUUUGGAAAGUAGUUGUAUUGGUAUGCAAGGUUCUUUUUGUUUAAAUGGUACUGGUAGAGGUAUUGUUGUUUCAACUGGUGAUGAUACAAUCUUUGGUUCCAUUGCUAAAUUAACUUCACAACCAAGAAAAGGUUUGACUGUUUUACAAAAAGAAAUUUUUUAUUUUGUUGCUUUCAUAUCAGGAGUUAUAUUAUUUUUAAUCAUUCUUACGAUUAUCAUAUGGUGUGCUUGGUUACAUAAAGAUUAUCCAGAUUGGAUAAAUGUUUCCAGUUUAAUUAUUGAUCUUGUUAGUUUUGCAGUUGCUACUAUUCCUGAAUCUUUACCAGUUUCAAUAGCAUUUGUAUUGUUGUUAACUGCUUACAAGAUGAAACAACAACAAAUUUUGGUUAAAAGUUUACAUAUGUGUGGUACUUUAGCUUCAUGUUCAGUUUUGUGUUUUGAUAAAACUGGUACAUUAACUCAGAAUAAUAUGAAAGUUGUUGAAGUUUGUCUCGGAGAUGAAGAUGACUUUGAAGUUGUUAAAACACAUUCUUAUACCAUUGGUACAUUAUGUAAUGAAAGUCAUAUAAUGAAUAAUGCUGCUAUUGGUGGAAAUGCUACUGACAGAGCCAUUUUACAAUAUGUUGAAGCAAAUACCAAAACCGAUGAUGUUAGAGAUAAAUGGAUUAAAAAAAUGGAAAUUCCAUUUAAUUCAAAAGAUAAAUAUAUGUUGUCGCUAGUUGAACCAAAAUCCUCCAAAUCAUUAAAUGAAGUUGGAUUUGAAAAUCUGGAAAGUUUUUUGUUGUUAGUAAAAUCUGCACCUGAUGUUUUGAUUGAUAAUUGCAAAUUUAUCAUGACUGAAAAUGGUAUUGUUCCUUUAACUAGUUCAAAAAUUGAAUAUUUCAAAGAAUUACAAAAACAAUGGUCAUCAAAUGGUAAAAGAGUUAUCUUGUUGUCGUCUAAAUUGAUAGCUAAGGAAUCUAUAAAUUUAUUCGAUAGAAAUUUAAGUGCUAAUUUUAUGAAGGAAGAAAUUGAAUCAGGUUUAAUUUUUAUGGGGUUAGUAGCAAUUGAAGACCCACCAAGAAGAAACAUUGAUAAAGUUAUUGAUACUUUAAGAAAAGCGGGUAUCAAAAUUGUUAUGAUUACUGGGGAUUACGAAUUGACUGGAGUCUCAAUAGCUAAACAAUGUGGUAUUGUAACUACUGAAAAAAUUGAUAAAUUGGAUACUUUAGGUCUUAACAAUUUAGCAGUUAGUAUUACUGGUAAAGAACUUAUUCAAUUAACUGAAUCUCAAUGGGAACAAUUAGUUAAGUAUGAUGAAGUGGUAUUUACAAGAACUACUCCAGAACAGAAGCUUUUGAUCAUUAAACAAUUCCAAAAAUAUAAACAAUGUGUUGGUAUGACUGGUGAUGGUAUUAACGAUUCACCAGCUUUGAAACAAGCAGAUAUUGGUAUUUCAUUGAUUGAUGCUUCAGAUAUUGCAAAAAAAGCAGCUGAUUUAAUUUUGAUCAAUUCAGAUGGUGAUAAAUUAUUCUUGUCGAUUGUGGAAGCUUUAAAAUUUGGUAGAUUAGUAUUUGAAAAUUUGAAAAAAACAAUAGCUUAUUUAUUACCAGCUGGUUCUUAUGCUGAAUGUUGGCCAAUUAUAAUGAAUGUAUUUUUUGGAUUUCCUCAAAUGUUAAGUUCAUUUUUAAUGAUUAUUAUUUGUUGUUUAACUGAUUGUUGUGGGUCAAUUGUUAUAGCUUUUGAAGAAGCAGAAAGUAAUUUGUUGACUAAAAAACCAAGAAUUUUAACAAAUGAAAGAUUAGUUGACUGGAAGUUAAUGUUCCAUUCUUAUAUUUGUUUGGGUACUUUCUAUACUUUUACUUCUUUCAUGGUUGCAUUUUUAAAUUUGACAAGAAGAGGUUACAAAUUCGGCGAUUUUGCUUUAUCUUUUGGUUCGUAUGAAGAUUUACCAAAUAUUGAUAAAUAUUUAGCUAUGUCAUCAUCCAUUUACUUUAUUAAUUUGGUUAUUAUGCAAGUGUUUAAUUUAAUUUCAUUAAGAACAAGACAUUUAAGUUUAUUCCAACAUUCAAUAAUGAAAAACAAAAAAGUGAUAUUUGUCAUCCCAUUUGUCUUGUUUGUUAAUUUCAUCAUCAAUUAUAUACCAGCAAUUCAAAAUGCUAUGGGUACAAGUCAAAUUCCUGUUGAAUAUUAUUUUAUUGCUGUUGGUUUUGGAUUAGUUGUAUUUGGCUGGGAUGAAGGUAGAAAAUAUCUUGUUAGAAAAUAUCCAAAUGGAAUUAUUGCAAAAUUUGCCUGGUAG